CUUUAACCUCAUCUUCUUUAGUCUGGAUUGGAAUCUCUAUGACAUUUGGUCUGUCACUAAAUUAGUGUCAGUCGUAAGAAAAAUAAAAAAAAUCUUUUCAAUCAAUUAACAGAUUAUCACCAUACUUGAUUAACUUGAUGGAUUAAUUAAAGUGUAAUGCUUGGAAUCAUCAGAUCUAAAGCCAGUAAUUUGUUUUCAUCGCCCAAUUUAAAAAUUGUUCAGACAGUCUCAAGCAAGGGCUGUCUUAGAAAAAUGUCAACAGCAUUAGAAGCGUUACCUAAAGUGGACAUAGAUCCUACUGGAGUAUUCAAAUACAUAUUGUUAAACGUAUACGAUAAAACCAAAGUUAAUGUGGAACCAGUAGUUAUUGUUCGCGGCUAUAAGCGGUGCAAUUACCAUUCUGAUAUUUAUGAUGAGGUCCAAGAUAGACUACAACCCUUAGACUGUGAACCUCUUGGAGGAGGUAGAAUAUCUCAUGAUCCUGAAAAUAAAAAGAUACAUAUUUAUGGUUAUUCCCAAGGCUAUGGCAAAGCAGACCAUGAAAUUACAGCUAAAUUAAUCAAGAAAGCAUAUCCUGGCUACAGCAUCACAGUCAGUGAUGAAGGAUACUAAAGUUUAUAUUAUUUCAUUAUUUUCUUUUCUAAAUUUGUACCCAUAGAAUAAAUGAGUUAAAACAU